UCUGCCUCUCGUCCGUUAUUCUUAUCGUAUAGUCCCGUGCGCAUAGGAUUCAAUCAUUCUUUCUAUCCUCGGGAUAUGUCCUUCCACUGGCUGUGAAGGACUGUCUAUCUCUCUCGCCCUCCUCGAUUCCUCUGGCUUGAUUCAUUGAUUCCCGCCUGCGGUCUAGAACUCUAGCCUUGUUCUUCCUUGCCCACCGUUCGUCCCCCACUCCCGCCCGUUGCCUCUUUGGUUGCAUUUGUCUUUUCGGGCUCGCCUUCAUCGCGCCCUUCGUUGGUCCGAUUUCAUCCCCCAAUUAUCCUCUGAUAGGUUUCCAGCAUGCUCGGUGAAGGCCCGGAGGAUGGUUCCCGCGUUUAUGUUCCCCCGUUGUUAGACGACGACGACGAUCAUCCCGACGCUCCCGAUAUCCUGCAGCCUGAGGAUGAGGAGUCCGGCGUCGCCUACCUCCCCGUCUGGUUACGGGAAUCUUCCAAGUCCUUUCGCUGGAGCUGGGUUCCUCUGCCCAUUCGAAAGGUGGCCUGGGCCACCGCGACCUGGGUGAAAGGCCCCGACCCGCCCCAUGACCUCCUGCUGAAGCCUUUGUUUCCUCGUUUCCAAGAACUUCCGGUCCGGUACAUGGAACGGUUUUUUCCCAAGCGCAAGCACAAGAUCGCCCUGCUUUUCUUGCUAUAUUUUGUCUGGUUUCUGCCAUGGACUAUCGUCUUGUUGCAUGCCCGUUCGGCGGGUUAUAUAGAAGGCUAUGGACGUCCCCAUACCCUCUCUUGUUCGACGAGUCUUUGGGACUACGGAAAUGAAUGCGGACUGAAUGGAAAUGAUUGCCGCCCUUUUUCGGCAUCGACGAUUCCAUUCCGCUGUCCCGCGAACUGCCGGGACGCCAAGCUGGCGGAACCCCAUACCGUCGGCAACCACACCUAUAGUUACCGGGGUCUAGUUGUGGGAGGCCCGCAACCCGAUUUCGACGAGACCCCGAUCUACCGCGCCGACAGCUUUGUCUGCCAGGCUGCCAUCCAUGCCGGCGUCAUCACCAAUACUGUGGGAGGCUGCGGUGUCGUCCAGCUCGAGGGUGCUGCGCACUCAUAUCCUGCUUCGAAGCGCCACGGCAUCCAGUCGGUCGGGUUUCCCUCGACCUUCCCCAAAUCAUUCAGCUUUGCUUCCCUGUCCUCUUCACAGGGGACAUGUCCUAAAGAUCCCCGGUGGCCUUUGCUCGGCAUCACCAUUGGGUCGCUGGUUGCCUUGUGGCUCUUUUGCACCUCUCCGCCCGUUUUAUUCUUUAGCACGUUCGCCAUGGUUUUCUGUCAAGUGGGACUGGUGUCCGACCCGCCUUCGUACCCCCAAUUUGCCGACCUCGUCUCCAGUCUCCUUUCGCGACUGUUGCCGGCAUCAUUCGUGGCCUACGUUCUAUUCAAAUACUGCGCCCGUCCAUUGCUCACUCCCCUUUCUGAACCCGUGUACCAGGUGACGAGGACGUUUCUCUAUCUGCCCCCUGUGUUCAUUGGCGCAUUGAACAACUACACCUUUGCGAGGCUGAUCCCUCUUGAACGCCUCACGCCUUAUGACAUCCAGAAACAACCGGGAGCGAAGCUGGCGCUGGCACUGGUGAUUCCGACGGUGAUCUGUAUCAUCCUCAGUCAAGCCUGGAAGAUUCGCCAGGGUGGGUUGAUGCCCCAUUAUCUGAAAAUUUACUGCACCAUGGGCUUGAUCCUCCUGAUCCUGCUCCCACUGCCUGGUCUGCGCCUGCGAAUCCAUCACUAUAUCCUCGCCAUCCUUCUCAUGCCGGGAACCGCCAUCCCGACACGACCGUCAUUGAUCUACCAAGGCCUGCUUCUCGGGCUCUUCAUCAACGGUGUCGCCCGGUGGGGAUUCGCCUCGAUCAUCGAAACUCCCGCUGCCUUGGGCGAACAGCCCGGUGGAUCCCACGGCUGGUGGGGAGGCACCUACCCCAACAUCUCCAACAAAACGGUGGAGAUUUCCCUGCCUGACCGAGAUUCUGACGAAGCCUACCACGGCAAUGGCAACAUCACCUUCUUCCUGUGGGAGCGACAACGCAUGGCUGAUCUCGGCGUGGACGGCGUCUCCGUCCUAGUCAACGACGUGGAGCGCUGGCGCGGAUACCUGGACGAGGACAAAUACGGCGAAUUCACCUGGCACCGACACGGCCAUAACGGUCUCGAACUCCGCCACAGCCCCAUGAUCGAGAGCGACGACGAACCCGACAUGAUAGACUCGAUAUCCAUAGAAGCAGAGAGUCAAACCACAGAGGACAAGAAACCCGAAGACCUCUUUUUCCGAUUUGCCUUCUUAAGGGGCGCCGAUGCGGGUAUAUACAGCGGAGCCGGAGUUUGGCUAGAAGAGGGAGAGUGGAUUUCUCCUCCCCCACCGAAGAAUUAGACUUGCUUUUUUGACUUAUCUUAUACCUGGUUUCUUGGCUUAUGUUUGCUUUGGGUGUCAACUUUUGUGUCUAUCUUUAUAUCCUCUUUCGGGUCCGGUUCCUUGGAUCUACCUCUACGCUGGAGGGUUGAGAUCAGCAUCAAGACGAACAUCUUUGGAAAGACAGACAGACAAACAGCAAAUCACACCGUGCAUUGAAACACACUUUACCUCUGAUGGAUUCGGUGCUGGUACAUAUCGGUCUGAUUUGAUGGGCACAGGCGUUCCCCGGUUGGGUAUGAUUGAAUUGAAUGGCUUGGUACCUACCUAGAGGGCGUUCGUUUCGGUGUGGACAGCCGACUUUCUUUCUUUGCUUUCGUUGAUCUUCGACGAUAACGAUAUCACGAUACUUGAUCUAUCUCUAUCUUUACAAACAUAUUCCUAUACACAUACAUACUAGAG